AUGAUCCUAUCAUCCAACCAAUACGUCGACACUCAGAGUGACAUAGCCAUAUAUAUACACGACUAUACAAAGAGAAUAAGCAUACAAAGAAGACAAACAACACGUCGAACCAUGGAGCACUUAAUAAGAACCCUAAUCAUAACCAUCGUGACAACCUCCAUGUUGCUAGGGUUUGGAAACUCAGAUCUGGCUCAGGACAGAGACGAGUGUACGAACCAACUCAUAGCACUCUCCACGUGUCUUCCGUACGUUGGAGGAGGCGCCAAGGCUCCGACAAAAGAUUGCUGUGCAGGGUUUAACCAAGUUAUAACAAAGAGUGAGAAGUGUGUUUGCAUAUUGGUCAAAGACAAAGAUGAUCCUCAACUUGGUCUCAAGAUUAACGCAACCCUAGCCGCUCAUCUUCCCACCGCCUGCCACAUAACGGCUCCUAACAUCACCGAGUGUAUUUCAAUUCUGCAUUUAGCUCGAAACUCAACAUUGGCUAAAGAGUUUGAGAGCUUAGGAAGGAUUGAAGAAAACUACAACAGCACAUCUCCUACACAAAUCCAUAAAGAUGGGACAGGAGGAGGGAAAGCAGAAUCAGUGAAGAGUAAUGGAGGGAAGAAGAAGAAGAAGAGUUGGUUGGGUGUUGUUGAGCUUUUAAUAUUUGCUCAUCUUCUUUUGAUUAUCAUCUCUUCUUUUAUUUAAUGUUCCUUUGCUUUUGUUACAUCUCUUUUAUCUAUCUAUAAUACUAUUAAUCAAUGAGACAGAUCUCACAUGCAUGUGUAAUACACAUAUCUAUGCAUGUAAAUCAUGAGUCACGAAACUUGUAACUUUUUUUCUUCUUAAUUUCACGAAUUGCGUACGUAGUAGUAAAUUUCAUGGAUUUUACCCUA